UUCACGCUUAUUGGCUGGGUUUGGCGAAACAGCCGACCGGUUGCUGGCGGAGAGCUAACGGCAGUAGCAUUCAGCAAUUUCGGAGCAGUAGUGAAGAACAGUCACUCUAGGCGAAUCACAAUGCCUCGAGUUUAUAUCGGACGACUAAGCUAUCAUGUCCGCGAAAAAGAUAUUCAGCGGUUUUUCAGCGGCUAUGGGAAGCUAAUGGAGAUUGAUUUAAAGAACGGGUAUGGAUUCGUGGAGUUCGAAGAUAAUAGGGACGCCGACGACGCCGUUUACGAGCUAAACGGGAAGGAGCUGUGUGGGGAGCGGGUGAUCGUCGAGCAUGCCCGGGGCCCGCGACGAGACCGAGAUGGCUACGGUGGGGGUUACUGGGGUGGUGGGCGCAGUAGCGGUUACAGCAGCCGCAGCCGCUCUGGCAGGGACAAAUAUGGACCGCCAGUCCGCACAGAGUACCGCCUCGUUGUGGAGAACUUAUCCAGCCGCUGUAGUUGGCAGGACCUCAAGGACUUCAUGCGUCAGGCAGGAGAGGUGACCUAUGCAGAUGCCCACAAGGAACGCACCAAUGAGGGAGUGAUUGAGUUCCGGACUUAUUCCGACAUGAAGAGGGCUCUGGACAAGCUGGAUGGUACUGACAUCAACGGGCGGAAAAUUCGCCUGGUGGAGGACCGUCCUCGCAGACGUCGGUCUUACUCUGGCAGUCGCUCCAGAUCUCGCAGUCGUCGUCGCUCCCGUAGCAGGAGAAGCAGAAGCCACAGGAGCUCAAAGAGUCGCUCCAGAUCCCACUCGAGGUCUCGUUCCCGCAGCAAUAAGAGACGGCAUCAUUCCCGCUCCAGGUCUGAGAGAAAGUCUCGCUCCAAGUCAGGAGACCGCAAAUCACGUUCUCGCAGAUCUCGUUCUAGAUCCAACAGAUCCAACAAAUCCAAAUCUCGUUCACGCUCUCGCAAAUCUCGGUCUCACUCCCCCGAGCACAAGUCCAAGUCUCGUUCAAAGAGCCGCUCUAAGGUAAAGUCGGAGAGGGAUUCUCGUAGCCGAUCAAAGGAACGGUCUGCUGAGAAGAAGUCCCGCAGCCGCUCACCCUCUCCAGUAGAGAAUGGAAAAGAAGAGCAUGUGGCCAAAUCUGCCUCUCGCUCCCCAUCUCCACAAGAGGAAGAGUGCCGAUCCCAGUCCAGAGAAAAGCGCUCCAAGUCUCACUCCAGGUCUCACUCCAAGUCUCGCUCCAGGUCUCGCUCCAAGUCUCGCUCCAGGUCUCGCUCCAAGUCUCGCUCCAGGUCUCGUUCACGGUCUAGAUCAGCUUCUCAGGAUUAGUGGGUGUAGAGAAGGGAGAGGUUUUCUUAUUGUUUAGCUUGAUCAUUAUGCUGUACAUACUGAGCAGUGUUUAAUAACUGGUUUAUGCUUCUGACGCCCCCCUUCAAAUGUACAUUUGUCUUUUAACUUGUUAAAGCAGGAGUUUAUUAGACCAUCAACCACAAUACAGCCGAUGCUUUUUGAACUUGUUUCAGAUGAUCUGCUCCCUUUAAAAAAAUAAAAAUUAAAAAAAUAAAGUUUACAAAUAAAAUUAAGAAUUUUGGAUUAAUGAAAAUGGGUGCUGGGCUCUACAACUAUAGCCUGAGGAAGUUGAUGUCUCUGUGACUGGUGCCUGAUUUGGUAAAAUUUAGGUUUCUUACUGUUCUGCUUUCAUUUCAAGUUGUUUGUUUGGUCAGUGAAUAUUAAGUUGUCUUAAAUGUUCUUUUAUUCAGUUUGCAGCUGUUUGUUUUGGUUGGUAGUCUGACAGUUUGCUUUCCUUGUGUCUCCAGGCCUCUUAUGUCUGAAGCAUCCAUCUUUGAUUGGUAAUUAUUUUGUGUCGUACUCUUUCAAGCUCGCAUGAUUGUUGAAGAGUAGGCUCCAGGACUGGAGCAGUUGAGUUGACCUGCACAUUCGGUCACAUUCUUCGAGGAAUCAGUCUGUCUUCGUGUUAAACGAUGCAUAUUCAGGAUGUAAGAGCUUGUAGUGCAGAACUUCUUAAUUUAAAGAUGAGGGUUUGGACUUCACUUUUGAGUAACUUGCAUUGUAGAUGGAUUAUUUUGAUCCCUUUUAACUACUUGUACAUAGAGUAAUCAGCACAAAGCAAUCUUUUGGUAGCUUUUUGGGGGGAGGAGGUUGGUAACAUUAAGCAGGUAAUCUAUUAAGGGCCUUUAUUUUAGUUUUUGAUUUUCAGUUUGACUAGACUCCUUUGCAGCGUCCUGUUUUUCCUCAGAUUCUUCCAUUGCGCCGAUUGCUUCCCUGGUAAUGUUUUCCCUCCCCAGCUUCAGAACAGACUUAAGGGUUUUGGAAAGCCUUAUUUAAAGUUUGCAGCUAGUACUGUUUUUGUGCUUGAAAGGUCCAUGUGUUCAGAACUCCUGUGAGUCUGUAAACAUCAGACUUGCUGAACUCAGCCACAUUCUCCAUCUUGUGGAACUGACUUUUUUUUUCUCCCCCAACAUGUAUGAGAUCUAAUGGGGAAAAAGUCCUUUUUUAUGCUAUGUUCAAUAAAAGAUCUUCAUUAAAAAAUAAA